AUGAAUAGAACACCUGAAGGAUAUGAAAAACUGGAAGUUCAUUUUGGCCGGGAGGAAAAAAGGUAUGUGUGGCAUACUCACCACAUACAUGGUAAAAUGGCAAGAAGUCUUUUGAAGACAUCGCCUGACCCUGUAAAGACAAAAUUGCUGCAUCAGAUAGGAUUGUCACUUUAUAAUACUUCUCAUGGCUUCCAUGAAGAAGAAGUGAAAAAAAAACUUGAACAGUUUCCUGGUGGAUCUGUUGACCUUCAGAAGGAAAACAAUGGCAUUGGCAUUCUUACGCUGAACAAUCCAAGUAAAAUGAAUGCCUUCUCAGGCGUUAUGAUGCUACAACUUCUGGAAAAAGUGAUUGAGUUGGAAAACUGGACAGAGGGGAAAGGUGUUAUUGUCCGUGGGGCAAAAAAUACUUUUUCUUCAGGAUCUGAUCUGCAUGCUGUGAAAGCACUAGGAACUCGAAAGGCAAGUAUUGAUGGAGUGGCCUUAUGCAUGUUCAUGCAAAACACCUUAACACGAUUUAUGAGACUUCCUUUAAUAAGCGUUGCACUGGUUCAAGGUCGGGCAUUGGGUGGAGGAGCAGAAGUUACUACUGCGUGUGAUUUCAGGUUAAUGACUCCAGACAGUGAGAUCAGAUUUGUCCAGAAGGAGAUGGGCAUAAUACCAAGCUGGGGCGGUGCCACCCGGCUGGUUGAGAUCAUCGGCAGUAGACAAGCUCUCAAAGUAUUAAGUGGGGCCCUUAAGCUGGAUUCAGAAAAAGCAUUACGCGUAGGAAUGGUGGAGGACAUCUUGCAAUCUUCAGACGAAACUGAAUGUCUCAAAGAAGCGCAAGAGUGGCUACAGCAGUUUGUCAAAGGGCCACCAGAAGUAGUCAGAGCUUUGAAAAAAUCUGUUUCUUCAUGCAAAGAGCUUUGUUUAGAGGACGCAUUACAGAGUGAGAGAGAUCUUCUAGGAACACUUUGGGGGGGACCAGCAAAUUUAGAGGCUGUUGCUAGGAAGGGAAAGUUUAAUAAAUAA